AUGGCCUCUCAAAUAAACCUUGAAGGCAACAAUUGGUGGGCCGAGAUUGAUGUCUCGGGAGUCAACAGCAGCCUUGAACACAACUUUGAUCCUAUAGCGGAUGGCAACAACCAUGAGAAAAAGACAAGAUUCGCAGCCAUAACCAAAAAGAUUAUUGAGCUUGGCAUCAUGGAAGUGAGCAUCGUACCAAAGGAUAGAACUGAAGAAAGAAUAUGCUACCCCUUUUGGAUAGGUCAGUACCCGACGGGUAGGGAACCUACCAAGGAAGAGGCGAAGAAAAAGAUGGUGGAACAUCUGGACAAAGAGUGGAAGGCUCCAUCAGAAACUCUAGAUAUACUUGAAGAAUUCUGGCGCCGUUCCCGAGAAUGGUUGGCUCAGAGAGCCGAGUCUCGCCAAGAAGGUUUGUAUCGCGAAGACACCCCUGCACCCUUUGAAACCCCUCCAACACCUCGAAUUCGGCAAUUAGAAGAUAAUGAACUGCCUGAAGACACGACUGAUUGCUGGCUAUGA